AUGCUGGUCGACACGGACCUGGCGAGUGGUGUGAUCCGCUCGCCCUAUAGUUUUGAUAUUCCCCACGCAUUCAUCUUUAACGAAUCAGAAAACGCGGAACCAAUCUUCUGCGGACCCUACAUGGAGGUAGUGAAGCACUUCGCCAAUAUGUACCAUUACCAACUGGAUCUCGAUCCUCUGGAGAGUCUGCCCAAGAAAUCAGCCGUGGAGGAGGACAUUAUAAAUGGUUUGUACAACCUUUCGCUUCAUGGGGUUAUAAUACGUCCAGAUAAGAUGGAUGACCUCUCCAACGUGACGCGGCACAGUUACCCACUAGAGCUGAUGACAAACUGUGUGAUGGUACCACUCGCCCCGGAGUUGCCCAAAUGGAUGUACAUGGUGUGGCCUCUGGGCAGGUACAUUUGGACAUGCCUGUUUCUGGGCACCAUGUACAUUGCCCUACUUUUGAAGUAUGUGCACUGGCGGGAGCCUGGUAAUGCCACCCGUUCCUUCACCCGAAACGUGCUCCACGCCAUGGCUCUUCUGAUGUUCAGCCCCAACAUGAAUAUGACUGUGAAAUUAAAGCAUGCAUCAUUACGGGUAAUCUUAUUCUAUACCCUCCUCUACAUCUUGGGCUUCAUCGUGACCAACUACCAUCUAAGCCACAUGACGGCCUUCGACAUGAAGCCGGUUUUCCUGCGGCCCAUCGAUACCUGGGCUGAUCUAAUCCAUUCGAGGCUACGGAUCAUCAUUCCGGAUACACUGCUGGAUGAGUUGCGUUGGCUUCCAGACUAUCAGGCAAUGCUUUCGAGCCCUUCGCGAUCCUUCGCCUAUGUGGUCACCCAAGAUGCUUGGUUGUUCUUCAAUCGACAGCAGCGGGUUCUUAUCCAGCCUUAUUUUCACCUGUCGAAAGUGUGUUUUGGUGGCCUUUUCAAUGCGAUCCCCAUGAGCCCCAACGCCAGUUUUGCGGAAUCCUUGGAUUACUUCAUCUUGAACGUUUGGCAGGCGGGAUUGUGGAAUUACUGGGAGGAGAUUGCUUUCCGCUAUGCCAAGAGGGCUGGCUAUGCUAAGGUGUUUCUCGACACCUACCCCGUGGAGCCGCUAAACCUGGAGUUCUUCAAUACGGCCUGGAUUGUCUUGGUCGUGGGAAUACCCAUUAGUUCGUUUGUCUAUUGUUUGGAGCUUUAUAUCCAUCGACGAAAGGAAAGGCGGCCGCAGUACGAACCAUUCGAGUGCUAUGACUAAUUUUUUCUCAACUUCUUUUGGU